AUGCAGGCCUCCUCGGGCAUGUUGACCAAGUUCGAGUCCAAGUCCUCGCGCGCGAAGGGCAUCGCGUUCCAUCCCAAGAGACCAUGGAUCCUCGUCGCCCUUCACUCCUCCACCAUUCAGCUCUGGGACUACCGCAUGGGAACCCUGAUCGAUCGAUUCGAAGAACACGAUGGCCCGGUUAGAGGAAUUGACUUCCACAAGACGCAACCCCUCUUCGUGUCGGGAGGCGACGACUACAAGAUCAAGGUCUGGUCCUACCAGACCCGCCGAUGCUUGUUCACCUUGAACGGGCAUCUCGACUACGUCCGUACCGUCUUCUUCCAUCACGAGCUUCCAUGGAUCCUGUCUGCUUCCGACGACCAGACCAUCAGGAUAUGGAACUGGCAAAAUCGCUCCCUGAGACACAACCACUACGCCAUGUGCGCCCAGUUUCAUCCCAAGGAAGAUCUCGUCGUCUCCGCCUCCCUCGACCAGUCAGUCCGCGUCUGGGACAUUUCCGGCUUGCGCAAGAAGCACUCGGCACCGACAUCGAUGACCUUCGAAGACCAGGUUGCGCGGGCGAACCAAAACCAGGCCGAUAUGUUUGGUAACACCGACGCUGUUGUCAAAUUCGUUUUGGAAGGCCAUGACCGCGGUGUCAACUGGGUUGCGUUCCAUCCGACCAUGCCUCUUAUUGUCUCAGCUGGCGAUGACCGACUCGUCAAGCUUUGGCGUAUGAGCGAAACCAAGGCCUGGGAGGUUGACACUUGCAGAGGGCACUUCCAGAACUCUUCUGGCUGCUUGUUUCACCCUCACCAGGACCUGAUCCUCUCUGUCGGUGAAGAUAAGACCAUCCGUGUCUGGGAUCUCAACAAGCGCACCGCCGUGCAAUCCUUUAAGCGCGAGAAUGACCGGUUCUGGGUCAUUGCCGCCCAUCCCGAAAUCAACCUGUUCGCUGCUGGUCAUGACAACGGUGUCAUGGUCUUUAAGCUGGAGAGAGAGAGACCGGCGUCUUCGGUGUACCAGAACAAUCUCUUCUACAUCACCAAGGAGAAGCACGUCAAGUCGUACGACUUCCAGAAGAGUAUUGAGAGCCCGACCCUCCUGUCGCUCAAGAAGCUUGGUAGCCCCUGGACCCCUCCGCGAACUCUUUCCUACAACCCUGCUGAGCGCUCCGUGCUUGUCACGUCCCCCUCCGACAGUGGAUCGUAUGAGUUGAUCAACCUUCCUCGUGAUGGAUCUGGCGCGAUUGAGCCCACUGAGUCGAAACGUGGCCAAGGAAACUCGGCCAUUUUCGUCGCCCGCAAUCGAUUUGCCGUUUUGAACACCUCGAGCCAGACCAUCGACAUCAAGGACCUGUCCAACAACACGACCCGGUCUUUCAAGCCUCCUGUCGGAACAAGCGACAUCUACUUCGGUGGUACUGGAAACCUCCUCAUCAUUACUCCGACAGCUGUCCACCUCUACGACAUCCAGCAGAAAAAGAGCGUCGCCGAGCUCGCGGUCAACGGUGUCAAGUACGUGGUAUGGUCCAACGAUGGUCUAUACGCGGCACUCCUGAGCAAGCACAAUGUCACUAUUGUGACAAAGACUCUUGAGCAGGUCAGCACUCUGCAUGAGACUAUUCGCAUCAAGAGCGCAACUUGGGAUGACGCUGGUGUCCUGCUGUACUCGACUCUCAACCACAUCAAGUACACGCUUCUCAACGGCGACAAUGGUAUCGUUCGUACCCUUGACCAGACUGUUUACUUGGUCCGUGUCAAGGGCCGCAACGUGUACUGCCUUGACCGAGCGGCGAAGCCCAAGGUUCUUCACGUAGACCCAACUGAGUACCGAUUCAAGCUUGCGCUCGUCAAGCGAAACUACGAGGAGAUGCUUCACAUCAUCCAGAACUCCAGUCUCGUCGGCCAAUCCAUCAUCUCUUACCUCCAGAAGAAGGGCUACCCCGAAAUUGCUCUGCAAUUCGUGCAAGAUCCCACGACUCGAUUUGAACUCGCCAUUGAGUGCGGAAACCUUGAUGUUGCCGUUGAGAUGGCCAAGGAGCUGGACCGCCCCAAGCUGUGGCAAAGACUGAGCGCGGAAGCCCUGGCCCAUGGCAACCACCAAGUUGUGGAGAUGGCCUAUCAGAAGCUGAAGCAGUUCGACAAGCUUUCCUUCUUGUACCUGUCUACUGGCGAUCACUCCAAGCUUGCUCGUAUGGCCAAGAUCGCCGAGCACCGCGGCGAUUUCACUGCACGAUUCCAGAAUGCGCUUUACCUCGGUGAGGUUGAGGACCGAAUCCAGAUGUUCAAGGAGAUUGACCUCUACCCGUUGGCAUACAUGACCGCCAAGUCUCACGGCCUGGAAGAGGAGUGCCAAGCUAUUCUCGAGGCUACUGGCCUCACUGAGGAGCAGCUGGAGACUCCCACGAUCGGAGAGGCUCUGACGCCGCCGAAGCCUGUUGUGCCCACAUACAAGGCCAACUGGCCUACAAAGGCGACUUCGCAAUCAGUCUUUGAGAAGGCUCUGCUUGGUCAGGUUGAAGGUCUGUCAUUGGAGGACGAGCCCGCAGCUGCCAACGGCUUCGACGAUGCCGCUGAAGACGAUGGUGCUGCCAAGAAGAACGGUACCCUCGUCGAUGCCGACGAUGAGGAGGAUGCCGCGGGCUGGGAUCUUGGCGACGAUGUCGUUCCCGAGAUUGAAGGCGAUUUCGUGAACGUUGACAGCGCAGAGGCUGGUGGCGCUGGCAGCAGUGAGGCCGACCUUUGGGCUCGCAACUCUCCUCUCGCCGUGGAUCACGUUGCAGGCGGCUCAUUCGAGUCAGCAAUGCAGCUGCUCAACAGACAAGUGGGAGCCGUCAACUUUGCGCCGCUGAAGCCUCGUUUCCUCGAGGUCUACCAGGCAUCAAAAACAUAUCUCCCGGCUUCCGCUAAUCUUCCUCCGUUGGUCAACUACGUGCGGCGCACGAUUGAAGAGACGGACCCUAGGAAGGUGCUGCCAAUUGUGCCCCGUGACCUCGAGUUCUUGGCCACCAACGACCUCCAACAGGGUUAUAACUCCAUGAAGACUAACAAGCUCGAGGACGGUCUCAAGGUCUUCAAGGGCAUCCUCCACGCCAUCCUCAUCAACGCCGUGUCCAGCGAAAGUGAGGUGGCCGAAGCAAAGAAGCUUAUCACAUCCGCCAGUGAGUAUGCUGUGGCCAUGGAGAUUGAGCUCAGUCGUCGCCAGCUUGGCACCACUGGCGAGCAGCUCAAGCGCGGCUUGGAGCUCUCUGCCUACUUCACCAUCCCCAAGAUCGAGGUUCCUCAUCGGCAGCUUGCCCUGCACAACGCGAUGCAGCUAGCGAUAAGGAACAAGAACUACGGAUCGGCUCUCAGCUUCGCCAACCGCAUCAUUGCCAACGGUGGCUCAAGCAAGCUGACUGAAAACGCCAAGAAGGCAAAGGCUCAGUGCGAACGCAACCCCUCAGAUGCGAUCGAGAUUGAGUUUGAUCAGUUUGCCGAGUUUGACAUCUGCGCGGCAAGCCACACACCUAUCUACAGCGGUACUUCAUACGAGGAGUGCGCCUUCGACGGUUCCAAGUACCACAGCAAGUACAAGGGCACCGUCUGCAAGGUCUGCGAGGUGUGCGAAGUUGGCAAGCACGGCAGUGGCCUGAAACUCUUCGCGUAA